AUCAAAUCACGCGGCAUUUUUGACCAAGUAACUGCGUACCAUUUUCAUUCAUCCUUAGAUAUGUUCAUCCUCCAUUGUACACUCGCUGCCAUCAUUCCACCUUGUUAACAAAAAUGAAGCAACUUCAAGUUUUUCAUAUUGUUAUCUCGAUCUUAUUAACAGCAGCAUCAACAGAAGCUCUUGAUUACGCCAAGACAGGAUGCAAAGAUAUUUGUGGGGCAAUGCAGAUUCCAUUCCCUUUUGGGAUUGGACCAAACUGUUCUGUGAACGAAUGGUAUGCUAUUGAUUGCAACUCUUCAAAACCAUAUCUAUCCGCAUUCCACAACCUGGAGGUGUUGAGUGUGAGGUUGAAAGAACAAAUAGUCACAGUUAAGGUCCCAAAAAUCUCUGGUUGCCAGAAUCCAUUGCAGAAUAACACUGAUCUUAUCCCAAGUGUCGACCUUGGUGAGAGCCCCUUCCUAUUUUCCAAAACUCAUAACGUAUUCAUCGUUGAGGGGUGUGGUCAUGCUGCUAUCUUGGAUGAUCAGAACCAUUUCACUGGAUGUUCAACCACUUGCCUCAAUGAAUCAAUCAGUGAAGAAAAAAAUUAUUCUGGCAUCAGUUGUCAAACUACAAUUCCUCAUUAUUUACAGUCCUACACUGUGGAUCUUUCGCGUUUACAAAGGCUUGAUGGAGGUGGACAUUGUGGGUCUGCCUUUUUGGUGGAUGAAACAUAUGUUGACUAUUGGUAUGAAGAUUAUGGUGUCAACAAUAAGUCUUUUAUUCCAAUAUCACUUAUGUGGACCCUAAAAAACGAUGAAAUACCAAAUUGUUGGGAAGGAAAUUUCAGGAGACCAUCGCUGGAUUUGGGUAACGGUAGUAAUGUGUAUUAUAUGAAGUGCUACUGUGGUUUUGGACGAGAAGGAAACCCUUAUUUGUACAAUCAAUGCCAAGAAUCUAAAAGGUGUAAAGAGUGUCGGGAUUCUGGACGAAUCUGCCAGUAUGACGAAGGAUAUGCUGAUGAUUUAGAUUACCGGGGGAAUUUCUUUUGUGUUUAUCCAUCGGUAUAUAGUACCCAAGAUCUUGCAAGAAGCAAAUCACCAAUAGGUGUUAUUCUAGGUACUAGCAUAUCCAUAGGGUUGAUCUUCCUAGCAAAGAUCAUCUUCGAGUUGUACAAACUAAUCAAUAAAAUAAAAACCAAGAGACGGAGAGAGAAGUUUUUUAAACACAAUGGUGGCCUACUUCUUAAACAACGAGAAGCAACUGACACUAGUUUAGUUGAUAAAACGAUACUUUUCACCUCUACUGAGUUGGAGAAGGCUACUAACCAUUUUGAUGAUAACAGAAUUCUUGGUCGAGGGGGUCAAGGCACAGUGUAUAAAGGCAUGUUAUCAGAUGGAAGGAUUGUGGCAGUUAAGAAAUCAAAAGUUGUUGAUGAGAGCCAACUAGAGCAAUUCAUCAAUGAAGUUGUCAUUCUUUCACAAGUUAAUCAUAGGAAUGUUGUCAAACUAUUGGGAUGUUGCCUUGAGACAGAGGUUCCUAUACUUGUCUCUGAAUUCAUCCCAAAUGGCACAUUGUAUGAACUUAUACAAGACCAUACUAAUGAGUUCCCACUUUCUUUGAACUUGAGAUUACAAAUUGCUGCAGAGGUAGCUGCGGCACUAUCUUACUUACAUUCUGAAACUUCUAUUCCAAUCUAUCAUAGGGAUGUAAAGACCACUAAUAUACUUAUGGAUGAAACAUAUAGAGCCAAGGUUUCUGAUUUUGGUACAUCAAGGUUGGUAUCAAUAGAUCAAACUCACUUAACGACCUUAGUCAAAGGAACAUUUGGUUAUUUGGAUCCAGAGUACUUCCAAUCUAGUCAGUUCACCGAAAAGAGUGAUGUCUAUAGCUUUGGAGUUGUUUUGCUAGAACUUUUGACAAGAGAAAAGCCAAUUUCAUUUACAAGAUUUGGUGAAAAUAGAAAUUUAGCUACACACUUUAUGCUGGCCAUGGAAAAAGGCCAUGUGAUGUCUAUUUUUGAUGCAAUGGUUGUGAAGGAGGGUUCUAGGGAUGAGCUCUUGGCCAUAGCUAACUUAGCAAGUCGAUGCUUGGAUGCUAAAGGAAGAAACAGACCAACAAUGAAGGAAGUAGCCAUGGCGUUGGAAGGUAUGAGAACAUCACAUGUGCCGUCAACUGUUCAAAUGAAUUUUGGAAAAGUGAACUCUAGCACAAAUAUAUUUAUGCUACCAAAUGAUGUGUCAACGUCAACAACAAUUAAUUUCAGAGAAAGCAUUAGUAAAUGAUGAGGUAAUUUGUAAGUUUAUGAAUAGUAGUAUGUGUUAAUUUCUCGGAUGGUUAUGUGUUUAUCGAUAAGUUAUUAAAGUUAAAAUUUAUCAGUUAUUAAAGUUAAAAAGUAUGUUCUCUUUC